AUGGCCAGCAUGCGACGAAGCAGGUUGUCUGCUCACAACCUUCGGAUCCACACGGCUGCUUUCCCCAAGGUCGGUAUUCCAAACAUUGUUACAGAGAUGAUACUAACGUUGAUCACGCAGCAACCGUACUUUCCCAUCAACCGAAUCCGAGAGGAAAUGUCACGGCCGGACGACGAAGCCAACGAUGAUCGAACACCUCUCGACCACUUGGGGUUCUCGUUCGACGGAUUAUCGCCGCAAGACAUCGACAUGGAAGUUCGGCGGCAGGCGUCGAUGGACGCGUUGGGUUUGUACUCGGGCAAUGUCGCAUCGCUGUCCACACCGAUGGAUCGACUGAUUGCGCGACAAGAUCGAAGAGGGCCCGAAGAAAUGCAUGCCAGAACAAGAGAUGUUGAAACGCUGGACGCGAGUGAGCUGGCAUCGGAGCUGAGUGAGGACGCUCGGGCAGACGACGUGGUCAGCGUGGGUUCAUUCUUGGCGUCGUCGGACACGCUCUCCGUGUCGAGAGAACAUUUUGUGGAGUCGGCGAGGGAGCAGAAAGAGCAAGCAAAACGCAGCUGGAGGAGACUGAAGAUGAGACGACGGAAUACGACGGACAAGAUGAAGUCGACGAGGAGACCACACCAGGCUGCGCCAGCCGUGCAAGCGCCCAGAGGGUGA